GGGACGUUUAAAGGCCUCGAGGACACGCGCUGUCUUCUCACUUCCUGGUCAAAGAUGGCGGAUGAGAAUGAGACAGCACCGCUGCCGGAGAAAGAAGAUAUAGAGGACCACGGACACUGCAGCGACUGUGAAAAUGAGGAGCACCACUUCGACGAUGGGGACAGGGGUCUGGCUGACGAUAGUGGUGCCAAGAAGAAGAAGAGGAAGCAAAAGAAGAAGAAAAAGAGCGGAGCACCCACGGAAAUGUCAAAAGACCCCCUAGCCAAGGUGAAUUCGCUGCCUGCUGACAAGCUGCAGGAGAUUCAGAAAGCUAUCGAGCUCUUCUCCGUUGGCCAAGGCCCUGCCAAGACCAUGGAGGAGGCUAGUCGGAGAAGCUACCAGUUCUGGGAUACGCAGCCUGUGCCCAAACUGGGCGAGACUGUGACAUCGCACGGCUCCAUUGAGCCUGACAAGGACCACAUUCGUGAGGAGCCCUACAGCCUCCCGCAAGGCUUCUGUUGGGACACCCUGGACCUGGGCAACCCUGCCGUGCUCAAAGAGCUCUACACUCUGCUCAAUGAGAACUAUGUGGAAGAUGAUGACAACAUGUUUCGGUUUGACUACUCCCCCGAUUUCCUGCUCUGGGCCCUGCGGCCCCCAGGUUGGUUACCUCAGUGGCACUGCGGCGUGAGAGUGAACUCCAACCAGAAGCUGGUGGGCUUUAUCAGCGCCAUUCCCGCUACGAUCCGCAUCUAUGACAUUGAGAAGAAAAUGGUGGAGAUCAACUUUUUGUGUGUCCACAAGAAGCUCCGAGCCAAGCGAGUGGCCCCGGUUCUGAUCAGGGAGAUCACCAGACGCGUCAAUCUUCAAGGAAUCUUCCAGGCGGUGUACACGGCCGGAGUGGUCCUGCCUAAACCCGUUGGCACGUGCAGGUACUGGCAUCGCUCAUUGAACUCGCGCAAACUGAUCGAGGUGAAGUUCUCCCACCUGAGCAGGAACAUGACGAUGCAGCGCACUAUGAAGCUGUUCCGUUUGCCAGAGGCACCAAAGACGUCAGGUCUGCGGCCGAUGACCAAGAAGGAUGUGCCGGCCGUAUGCCGCCUCCUGCGGGAUUACCUAAGUCAGUUCAACCUGGUGCCCGCCAUGAACCAGGAGGAAGUUUCCCACUGGCUGCUGCCCCGUGACAAUAUCAUUGACACAUACCUGGUGGAGAACGAGGGCAAAGUGACGGACUUCCUGAGUUUCUACACUCUGCCGUCCACAAUCAUGAAUCACCCGGUGCACCGCACCCUCAAAGCCGCUUACUCCUUCUACAACGUUCACACCACCACCCCGUUGCUGGACCUCAUGUCCGACGCCCUCAUCCUGGCCAAAUCGAAAGGAUUUGAUGUCUUCAAUGCACUGGACCUCAUGGAAAACAAGACUUUCCUGGAAAAGCUCAAGUUCGGCAUCGGCGAUGGCAAUCUACAGUAUUACCUUUACAAUUGGAAGUGCCCCAGUAUGGGCUCGGAAAAGGUUGGCCUGGUCCUGCAGUGACAACCUUCUACUACCGACCCUGAUGGCGUUAAAUGUCGCAACAAGACCACCGCGACCGCACCAUAGCACCCGCCACCUGACUGAUGGGCUUGAAGACUCUUUCAAGAGGAAACCUACUGCCCAUUUUUAGUUUUUUUUGGGGUUUAUUUUGAACAUUUUUUGUGCUGCACUAUAGCUGCCAGGCAAGGGGGGAGCCUGCACCCCCUUUCACGCAAACCUUAAAGCUAUUGCAGUUACAUCAAAGCCAAUAUUUGACAUUGGAGGUUGAUUGUACCAAUACACGAACACACAAACGAGCAGUCUACGUGGGUGAGUGCAUCCCACCAACAAUUUCAAAAACGGUGAAUUGAGAAAUGCUAAUCUGUGCCCUGAACAAGCGCACACUACUGUUUUAUGUUUGGAGUGCUUUAUUUUUUUUGCAAGUAAAGUAUGACUUGAAAUUUUAGAGGUCAAUUUAAAAGUAAGUUUUAAAAGGAACUGCUCAACUUGAUGUGGUAAUAACCCAACAUAAGGUAAUAGCAAGGGCUUAUUCCCCCUCAUUCCUGCUUGAUCAUCUUAUUUCCUUAACUAGGUGUCAUUCUAGAAGAGAACCAACUGAUUCAACAGUGUAGGAGGUACAAAAAUUGGUUUCCCUGAUACGCUGUGCUGUGAUUGUGUGCACCAGACUUUGAUACCUUUAUCAAUAAAUCUGCUGUUCAAGCUCACUAACACAAGGUCUUAUUUGCUGAAGCGUGGCGUUUUCCCCACUAGCUGGUAAGCAAAUGCGCAAUUUCACAAGACUAAAUAGCUUGGAAAUGCAUAAAUAGCGCUGUACCGCAUUUCAAAUGGCAGUGCUGAAAGAGUGACAAUGGCAAGGGGUAACUUUAAAAAAAAAAAAAAAAAAGUGGGGUUUUUGCAAUCAUGUAAAGAAAAUGAACAUGCAUGUGAAAAGUGCAGGUGACAUUUUUGGAGCAAGAAAUAAAACGUACUGAAUAUGUGCUUGUUUUUUUUGUUUUG